AUGGCCAAAUCGUUGAGAAGCAAGUCCAAGUUGCGGGCCAAGUCCGUCAAGAGAAAAGGUGAGUUUGCUGCUUUUGUCAACGAGAGAACCGCUCGUCUCGCUGAAAGAGCCCGGGCGCUUGCUGAAAAGCAAAAGGCGGAAAAGAGCGAAGAUGCCAUGGAGGAGGAAGACAAGCCCGAGGAGAAGGCUCCAGCUGAGUCUUUGAAGAAUGUGAAAACGUCAGGGUUGAAAAACACCAGCAGAAUCAGAAAGAGAGGACUCAAGAAGAGAGGUCACACCAAGUUUUGA